UAUAUUUUAAACUGAAUAACAAACGUUUGCUUAUUGUUGAACUAUGUUGGCGUUGAAUUUCUCUGGUAUCCAUUAUUUUGUUUUCCCUCCCCUCCGCCUCCGCCAUGAUGUUUUCUAAGUGAACAGCCGAGCUAGCUAACUAGCUAGUUUAGGCUUCAGGCUGCGGACUGUUGUGGAAGGGAGGUGCGAUGGAUGGAUGCUUUGCCCCACUACGAUUUUCCAUAUUUGUCUUAGGUUAAACAGAAUGCCUCAUCUCCGACAGGUUUUACCUCUUGUUCUCCUCCGCGCUGUUGCGGAGGGCUGCUAGUUCGCAGCGCAGCGUUAAUAGAUGAACCAGGAGCAACGAUUUCUCGUUAUAGUUUGAAGAUUAACGCUAGCUGAGGCUAUUUAAGUGGCUACACAGCUAGCCCCUCCUUGCUGUCUACCAUCGCAUUCUUGUGUCUUUUGCCCCAGGAAUGUUUUCCAAAAAGCCUCAUGGAGACGUUAAAAAAUCAACACAGAAAGUGUUGGACCCAAAGAAGGACGUGUUGACGAGGCUGAAACAUCUCAGAAUUGUCAUUGAAAACGCAGAGCCUUCAGAGCUGAAACAGUUCUUCGAUCUGAACUACUCCCAUAUCUACUAUGUCUUUUUUGAGAACUUUGUCACCAUUGAGGUCAGCCUCAAGCAAAAAGGUCACAAGUCUCAGAGGGAGGAGCUGGACUCCAUCCUAUUCAUCUUUGAGAAAAUCCUCCAGCUCCUGCCAGAGAGAAUCCAGAGCCGAUGGCAGUUCCACAGCAUAGGGCUGAUCCUCAAGAAGCUGUUGCACACUGGGAACUCUCUGAAGAUUCGUCGUGAAGGAGUGCGCUUGUUCUUGCUGUGGAUGCAGGCAUUACAGAGCAAUGCAGAGCGUGAGCAGCUCUGCAUGUUUGCCUGUUUGAUUCCUGGCUUCCCAGCUCCACUUUGCCAUGGGACCCCACGCACCCUGGACACUCUGAUCAACCCACCGCUGAGUUUAACAGAGACUCAGGUUACCCCAGAAGAGAUCACUCCAUUGGUUCCUCCUCAGUCAGGUGACAAGAACCAGGAAGACCUCACUGCUUACUUUUUAGAAGCUCUACUCAAAUACAUGGUAAACCAGGCCAAAUCUCUUGAAUGGCGUUGUAAAGAGAACCAUGAACGUGGCUUCAGUUUCCUCUUCGGUCACUUCAGGAAGUUUUACCUUCCUCACAUUUUUCCCAACUUCGCCAUGGAAACAAGCCUCUACAACCCAAUACUGGACGUGCCUCCGAUGCGUCCUAAGCCCUACUACAGUGUGGUGCGCAGGGAGCAAGACGGCGGUGAAACAAUGUACUGUACCAAGGAGAGCUUCCUUCAGGCCCGAGUCAUCUUUAUCCGCUGGCUGGUUUCUUUCUGGCUUGAGCCACGACCCAACACACAGACACACAUCCCAGGAACAGAAGGAGAGAACGUCCCCAAGAAUAUACAGCGAGCAGCAGCCGGGCUGGCAGCUCGCUCUGCAGGCAGCUCAGAUGACAGUGGUGGAGGCGGGAUCCGGUCUGACAGCCACCUGGAAGGUAGCGGCUGCUCAUCUGGACCAGGCGGAGGCAGCAUGGGGCUAUCUGGGGGUUCAGGGCUUGGGGGCGAGCCUGAACAAAGCCACUCCAACACAUCAACAUUGACAGAGAGGGAGCCCAGCUCCUCUUCGCUCUGCUCCAUGGAUGAAGAGCAGCUGACGGACAUGGAGGUGGUGAGGAGAGUUCUGACAAGCUCCAGAACCAACGUCAACUUCAUCACUGAGAUCUUCAGACAGGCAUUUCUCCUUCCCAUGUGCGAAGCUGCAGCGAUGCGUAAAGUGGUCCGUGUUUACCAGGAGUGGAUCUCCAUGGAGGAUAGGCCAGUGUUCAUGAAGGAGCCAGAUGAGGGCCCCUAUCCCAUAGCCUCAGGCGGCAGUCUGGAUUCAGGCUCUCAGCUCGGAGACAAGGAAGAUGAGGGAAUGAACAAGGCAAUUGACAGUGAAUUGCUGGAGUACAGUGUUCAUGCUGGAGUUCAAACUACACUUCAGGUAUUUAUCACCCACUCUUCCAACGUUUUCCUAUUGGAGCCGGCAAACGACAUCAAGAUUCUUUUAGAGGAGCAUGUGGACAUGUGCAAGCGAGUCCUGAACAUCUACCGCAGCCUUGUCAUGCAUGAGACCAUGGACCAGAAAACAUGGGAACAGAUCUUACUGGUUCUGCUGAGGGUGACAGAAUCUGUGAUGAAAAGACCUCCAUCCAUCAUGCCCCAGGGCAAGAAGAACAACACACUGUCAGGCAGACUGGCUGGACCUAUCUUUCAGACACUGAUAGUAGCCUGGAUUAAGGGGAACUUAAAUGUCUACAUCAGCAGAGAACUCUGGGACGACCUCCUCUCUGUCCUCUCCUCUCUUACCUGCUGGGAUGAACUGGUCACUGAGUGGUCACUCACCAUGGAGACGCUCACCAAGGUGUUGGCCAGGAACCUGUACAGUGUUGAUCUGAAUGAGCUGCCUCUGGACAAACUCAGUGAACAAAAACAGAAGAAACAUAAAGGAAAAGGUAUAGGUUCGGAGGGCCAGCGGCAGAUUGUGGAUCGUUCCUUCUCUAAAGGCUGGAGCAGAGACCAACCAGGCCAGGCAGCAGCCAUGAGGCAGCGAAGCGCCACCACUGCUGGCUCACCAGGCAUCGAAAAGGCCAGGAGUAUUGUCCGCCAGAAGACUGUAGCCCUGCGUAGCUGUUCUACGGGGGACUCUCUGCUGUCCUCAGCCUUUAUCCGCAGUGCUAAGAGUGCUCCUGCUCUGGCUCCGCCUCUUCCUGUCCUCCUCCACCACCACCACCCUUUACUACCCCCCCUUGCCGACCGGCUGGCAGACCUUGAGGACCCGCCAAUCACACUGACAUCCCGUCCCUCACGGAUGCGCCACUCCUCCCAGAGUGACGAGGCCCCUCCCACUUCCUGUUCUGAGGUCUUCCAGGGAGUGGCUUGUGACCUGGAUGCUCCGGCCCCUUCGUCCCUUGCAAGGAGCAGCAGUGCCUCUGACAUCAUGGAGCCUUUCAUCGCAGAGCGGGUCAAAGGUGAAGACCCCCUGAGGGAUCCCGCUUCGAUCCCAAAUUCCCCCCACCUCCACUCCACAACUUCUUCCUUACUGGCAGCCAACCGCCACGCAGCUCAACCACUCCCACAUCCCCCCACCUCUCCCUCUCCCACUCCUUUAACCUUUUCUAAUGGCGGUGCUGUCUCGUCCUCAGAGGCACAAGAUGAUGAUAAUUCUUAUGACCAGUUCUGGCAGCAGAUUGGCUGUCGAAGCCAAGGCUCUAGUUCUGAUUGGGUAAGCGACUGGGAUUCUGCCUUCGCCUGUUCAUCUGAAAAGGAAAUCGAUGUAGAAGAGGGUGAGAUUGGGGCUGGGGUAGAGGAGGAGGAUGAUUUAUUCUCCUCUAUUAGGGACUACCUCACUCACAAAGGAGGUGAGAGGAAGGAAGAGGCAGGAGAUAAAGAUAGUCUUGGUCAUGUACUCGAGAACAGUGUUGUAACUUUACCUACACCUGUGCAAACAGGGGUAGCUAGAACACAAAUGGAAUACACAGGACAGGUAGGAGAGGUAAGACAGGUGGUGAGAGAGGACAGACAGACUUGUAAACAGGACAGACAGGUAAGUAAAUCCGUGAGACAUAGCAGUGUGGACUCAACAGAGGAGAAUGAGGCAGAGCAGCGGAGCAUCUAUGAGUGCCUGGAGUUGCAGUGCCAGUGGCCGUCACCCAAUGCAAGGGGGAGUGCUAGCUUAGAAAGACACACUGGGGAGAAAAAGGGAGUAGGAAAUACAGGAAGGGCAGAAGGAUGGGAAGGGAAAUGUGACUUGUGGAGAGAAAUGGGAGAAGAGAAACAGGAUGAUAAAGAAGCAGCAUUAAAAGAAAGGUCCAGUUUAAUUAGACAAGACAACGCAUUAGAAUCUAGCACUGAUUCAAAUCAAAGUGCCCAAACUUCUGACACAGCUAAGGCCAAGAUGUCUCGUAGUAGCGCCAAAAGGCACCAUUCUGGUGGGGUUCAUGUUAGCUUCCGGCCCUCGACUGAGUCAGUCCAGUUCCACAAUCCCCUUGAGAGUAAAGAGGCCCACUGGAAAGCCCGGCUGCGCCGCCUAAGUCACUUCCACACACACAGCCACUCAGCUGGGGAGAGGUCCGGGACUGGGGCAGGGUCAGGUGCGAAGCAGGGAGCAGGGGCUUCAGGUAAGUUUGGCUCUGUAGCUGGGAUUAGCCAUAGAGCAGGAGCUCAAGAGAAAUUAGCCACUGGGACUGUAACGGAUAACAGCGGGAACGCCACAAUUGCUGGAGGCCUGGAAAGCAGGGCUGGGACUGGAGGGGACAAGGACAAGCAACAUCCUGGAUCCUGUGUGGGAUCAAACCUGGCCUCUGAGGCUCCCUCAGAGGCGUCUUCAAGCAGUUCAGGUUUCUCUGGCGUGUCGUCAGGGGUGCGUGGCCGUUUGGGACGUUCCGCCUUGCGAUCUCGAGCCUCCCGCUCUCGCUCCCAGGAGCCCGGCAGUACUGCCUCACGACACCACCAGGGGGCUCUCCUUGGUGGCGUCUACAAAAGUGUGGUUCACGCUCUGUCCUCAAAGCCCCGGCCCCGAGGUCAGGGGUCAUCCCAAGGCUCGUCGCCACAGCGGCAGGGCCGGGCCGCCAUGGGUGACGCAUCACUAAGAGACCUCUACUCCCACGUCCUGGGCUACUUUGGACGAAAGACGACUACGCCAGUCAACAAAGAAGAGGUGGUCCAGAAAGCUCGUCCAGUCUCCAGCGACGUAGGAAGCACCAACCCAAACUUCUCUGACCUCAUGGAUGAGUUUAUCCAAGAGAGACUGAGGGCCAAAGGGACAGCAGGCCGUCGUGGCAGCAGCCCAGGAAGUCUGGAGGUUCCCAGGGACCUGCCGGAGCUCCUAGAGGCAGGCCAGAGUCCCGGAUCCCGUCCUUCAGAUGAUCACCGUCCCAUCGAUGAUCCGGGGGUUCCCUCUGAGUGGACGUCACCUGCAAGUGCCAGCGGCUCUGAUGUAAUCAGCUCAGACAGCCAGUCAGACUCCUUUAAUGCCUUUCAGUACUCCACCUGCAAGUUUGAAAAUUUUACUUUCAGUUCGGAAGCAUGUGGAGGAGGAGCUGGAUCUGGAGGCGGAGGUCGAGGCAGUUCUCUGGAUCAGGACAGCCUGGGAGGGGGUGUGGCCUGCGAAGAACAUGAAGUAGCCAGUUUGACAAUGCUUCACCUUGACUCGGAGACCAGCAGCCUCAGCCACACUGUCACUGUUACUGGUUCUGAGAGUGCAUCUCCCAUGCACUCCCUUGGGGGCUCUCGCUCCCAGACGCCCUCCCCUGCCACACUGACAGCAGAGCACACUGAUCACACACACUCUCACUCACAUACACACCUACAGCUGGACCAGAAGCUCCAUAACUCUGUCCUGCAGACACCCGAUGACCUGGAAACCAGCGAGUUCCCCAGCGAGGACUGCAGUGUGAUGGCGGGUGGCACUCUAACUGGAUGGCACGCAGAUGUUGCCACAGUAAUGUGGCGGAGGAUGCUGGGUAUCCUGGGGGAUGUCAAUAGCAUCAAAGAUCCAGAGAUCCAUGCUCAGGUCUUCGACUAUCUGUGUGAACUGUGGCAAAACCUGGCCAAGAUAAGAGAUAAUUUGGGCAUUUCUCUGGACAACCAGUCGUCACCCCCUCCCCCUGUUCUGAUCCCACCCCUGAGAAUCCUCACCCCCUGGCUCUUUAAGGCCACCAUGCUUACAGAGCGUUACAAGCAGGGAAAGCUUCAUGCCUACAAGCUGAUCUGCAGGAUCAUGAAGAGACGGCAAGAUGUUUCCCCAAACACAGAUUUUCUCACACACUUUUACAACAUCAUGCACCAAGGACUGCUGCACCAAGACCAGGACAUUGUGAACACCAUUAUAAAGCACUGCAGUCCCAGGUUCUUCAGUAUCGGGCUACCUGGAGCCACCAUGCUGAUCCUGGACUUCAUCAUUGCAGCUACUAGAGUCACUGCCUGCUCAUCACUAAAUGCUCCAAGAGUAGAGGCCCAGAUCCUGCUUGGAUCUCUGGUGUGUUUUCCCAACUUGUAUGGGGAGCUUCCAGCCCUCCAUCCCACCACAGCUGAUGUGGUGCUCACCAAGUUCUCUGACGUCAAGGAGCACGUUAUCAAAACCAUCCUGACCUCUGCCAGGGACGAACCCUCUGCUCCUGCUAGGUGUGUGGCUCUGUGUAGUCUGGGUAUCUGGCUGUGCGAGGAGUUGGCUCAUGGGACUCAACAUCCACAGAUUAAAGAUGCUCUCAACGUCAUCUGUGUCACUCUGAAGUACCCCAAUAAGAACGUAGCACUGGUGGCGUCUGAUAUCCUUCACCUCCUGAUCAGUCAUGUGGAUCAUCUUCAGAAAUUCCCCCCCGACACUCCAAAGAAGAUCGUAGAGAUUUUGAUCGCCACCAUCACAUACUUGCUGCCUACUACGGAGUCCUCUCCACAUGAACUGGAUAAGAGGCUGGUAGUGUCCCUCCUGUUGUGUCUGUUGGACUGGGUGAUGGCUCUGCCUCCAAAGACUCUUCUUCAACCUGUUCAAACACGAAGCCCCCCAGACAAGGACCAGCCUACCAAGACUCUGCUCAGCUGCAUUUAUAAGGUAUUGCAUGGUUGUGUGUAUGGAGCCCAGUCUUUCAACAGUCCCAAGUAUUACCCGCUGCAGCUGUCAGACCUGCUGAGUCCAGACUACGACCCGUUCCUACCAUUAGAGAGCCUCCGAGAACCAGAACCCCUGCACAGCCCGGACUCUGAACGCUCCAGCAAGCUACAGCCUGUCACUGAAGUUCGCAGCCGUAUUCAGCAGGGCCUUGUUUCCAUUGCAGCCAGAACAGUUAUCACGCACUUGGUCAACCAUCUAGGACAUUAUCCAAUGUCUGGAGGGCCUGCUACUCUGUCUAGUCAGGUGUGUGAAAACCAAGACAACCCGUUCUGUGAGAGUGCAGAUCUCGGACCAGAGCUUUUCCAUUCACCAAACCUACAGUUUCUGGUUCUGAACGGCUCCACGCUGCUCUCAGUGUAUCAGAUCCGAUCUGAGUCCGGUGUACCAGGAGGCGGAAUGACAGCCGGUUUGUCUUCUGCUCCAGCUUGCGUUCGUGUCAUCAUCCGAGAUGUGGCUGGGAAACACUCAUGGGACUCUGCCGUUCUCUAUGGGCCUCCACCAUGUUCCCCAAGCAGCCCGACACACACAUUUCUGUCACACACACAAUCACCUCACAGUGCGAAUCUUCAUUUACGCACCCCACCAGGAGGUCCACCAAAAAAGAUGGGAGUGAAGAGAGAAGACAGCGAAGAAGAGGGGCAGGAGGAGAGGGAGGCAGAGGAAGGAGGAAGAGGGAUGGAGAGUGAAAGGCAAGGGUUUCAGGAAGAGGAGGAGGAGGAUGACGAGGAGGAGGAGGAAGGAGAGGAGAGGAAAGUCAACGAGGACGAGAAGGGUGAUCAAAGAGGAGGUGAAGGAGACGUGGGAGAGGAGGAGCAGGAGGAGGAGGAGAAGAACGAGAAUAGGAUGGAUGGGAUUGGUGAUCGAGAGGAGUCGGGCUUAGAACAGCUUCUAGCUCCGCCAUUGGCUAAACGUGUGUGUCGGGAGGCAGUGCCAGCAUGGGACUCACUGACAGAGGGGGACGAUGCACUGGAUGAAAUGCUGCAAUACCUGGGAUACUCGAGUCCAGAGUGCCUGCAGAGAGCAGGCAUGCCGCUCAACAUACCAGCCCCUCCUCCAGCGUGUGUUUCAGAAAAGCAGGAGAACGAUGUGAUCAAUGCCAUCCUGAAACAGAGUGCUGCUGAAAGAGAGUUCGUCCUUCAUAGAGGCGAGGAGUUGAACAUGAGGGCAGUGCAGCAGACUGAACCAGAGACUCAGACACCACAGUCUGCCUUCUACUACUGCAGACUACUGAUCAACAUACUGGGACUCAACUCCUGGGAAAAGAGAAGUAACUUUCAUUUGUUAAGGAAGAAUGAGAAGUUAUUGAGAGAGCUGAAGAACCUGGACUCACGGCAGUGUCGUGAGACUCAUAAAAUAGCAGUAUUUUAUGUGGCUGAGGGCCAAGAGGACAAACACUCCAUACUAACCAACACAGCGGGCAGCCAAGCUUAUGAAGACUUUGUCUCUGGACUGGGAUGGGAGGUGGACCUCACUACUCACUGUGGCUUCAUGGGAGGUCUCCAGAGGAAUCGCAGUACGGGCCAAACUACGCCUUACUACGCCACCUCCACUACUGAGGUCAUUUAUCACGUCUCAACCCGCAUGCCCCAUGACCAGGACCACAACCUCACCAAGAAGCUUAGACACCUGGGUAAUGACGAGGUCCACAUUGUUUGGUCGGAACAUUCCAGAGACUACCGCCGAGGGAUCAUCCCCACUGAGUUUGGAGACGUGCUAAUCGUCAUCUACCCCAUGAAGAACCACAUGUACUCCAUCCAUAUACUCAAAAAACCAGAGGUGCCAUUCUUUGGUCCGCUGUUUGAUGGUGCUUUAGUGGACAUGAAGAUUUUGCCCACCAUGGUGAGAGCCACAGCUAUCAACGCCAGUCGAGCUCUCAAGUCCCUCAUUCCCCUAUAUCAGAACUUCUACGAGGAGCGAGCCCGAUACCUAGAAACCAUUGUACAGCACCACCAAGAACCGACCACAUUUGAGGAUUACGCAGCUCGAGUCUACAGUCCUGCACCCUGCACACACCUCCCCUCUGACACAGGCUCCUGCCUAGAGAUUCUUCGGGGAGAAAGUCCGGCUCUUGGGGAGGCAGGGAGCGACUCGGCAUCCCCCAUGUCUCCUCGGACUAGCAAGAGCCGCAUGUCCAUGAAGCUGCGACGCUCCUCUGGAUCGGCCAAUAAGACUUAAGCUCUCUACACUACAUGGCCUAGUCCGAACUGACACUUCAUGUCCUCAAAAAGGUGUUUCUCCACAGAAAAUCUGAUCUAUAAUUGUACUUAAAAGUACAAGAAAUUAAACGUAAUGCAUUUUCAAAUGAACUUUUGGAGGAUAAUCUACACAGAUUUAAAUUUUACAUUAGAUUUCCAACAGUGAAAAUAAUGAGAGGUGUUCCCAGUCUCGUCCCAUCUCCUCCAGCAUGCUGCCGUUCUGAUUGGACACUGGCCUUUUAUGUACAGAACGCUUUGUCGCACAGUUGUACACGUAAUAGUAUUCCGUUGACUAUAUUAUACUGUAACACUGCUCACAGCUGCUAAAUUUAUCCUUGGCUUUGCUGUAAAAAAAAAAAAACAACAAACAGGUGAACCAGUGCUGCAGCAUGCUGACCGUUGCCAUAGUAGAAACAGCUUCAGCAGUGCAGCAUUAGUUCCUCACAAUCUGUGCCAUGUUAAAAAUUGCGCACAAACUCCAGUGUGUAACCGGGACUGCAAAAAGCUUAAGUGUGCCACAUUAUAACUCUAGAAAGUACAGAACAAAGCUGCAGAACAAAGAGAAACAAAAGCUCUUGAGCCUCUUGGUGUUGUUUAACGUCUCUAUUGGGGAGUCUGUAUAUUUGUACUAUAGUCGGUCCAUGUGUGUACAGACAGAAACACGAGUUUUGAUAUAAAAAGAAUGAAUUCAGAGUGAUUAAACCUUUAGUGUUGCCUGAAGAAAGCAAGAUAAAAGUCUAUUUUUGUUCUCUGUGCAGCAUCAACCUAUAAGGAUAAGGGCAGGGGUCGCUUAUUCUUCAGUCCUCAUAAUUGUAAAUAGGAACUCAUCUAUUUGCUAACAAUUAAUAAAAACCUGUUAUUGUGGAUGUGGCAACGUUCUCAAGCCAAAAAUGUUCUAAAUCCCCUUCUUGGGACUGAAAGCUGCCCCUUUGAGUGAAGCCAUGUGAGAAACAGUGUUAAAGGAUGGAGGGAUUAUUUGUCUUUCAUAGAGGAGAGAAAAGCGCUUUCUAGGACAUUAACAAGACAUUACUGAUCAAAGAGGAAGCACUUGUUAUAUAAUGUUUAGGUUUUUUUUGCUCAUGCUGUAAAAUGUGGACAAGCACUGAUGUUCGUUACAUUUAUUCUUCUUUUUUGUUCAUUUUUUAAAAAACAUUGACUGUAAAAUAUGUUUUGACCCGAACAAGAAUGUUGCUGUAUUUUUAAGUUCAGUGUCACUCCGUCAUUUGAUCCAAUCGAACCACAGCUUUUCUUUCUUUGUUCCCAUAUAUAUAUAUUCUGUAUAUCUAUAUAUGUAUGAGUAUAAAUAUAUAUAUAUAUAUAUAUAUAUAUAUAUAUAUAUUCUGUAUAUCUAUAUAUGUAUGAGUAUAAAUAUAUAUAUAUAUAUAGUAGAUAUAUGAAUAUCUAUAAGAAUGUGUACAGUGUGCAGAGGCUUGUUGUGUAUAUACUGUUAUGUGAGAAUAGCUGCCAAAGCCAAACUGUGGUUUAACCUCAGACUCCACUUAAAAUGGGUUGACACUACAAGGUUUUUCCUUUUCAUAACCAGUUUGCACUUCAUUCUCUCUGAGUUUAAAGGUUAUUUCAUUGUAGCUCAAAUACUGUUUCUAAAUGUAACCUUGGUACCACAGCCAGAUUGGGGAAAUUUUGUGGAAAGUAAGGAGAAAAAACAGAAGUUUUUGGCCAUCAUUCACAACCUUAUUGAGGGCGGGAGGAGGAAAAAAGAGAUACUAUAGAGCCGAGGCCAAAGAGGGGGAGAAAGGAAAGAGAUGUCAACUUACCACUUAAAUUAUCAAUGUUUUUUUGCUUCUUUUCUUUCCACUCUACUCUUAUCUUUAGACUAAUCCCCCUGUUCCAGUUCUAGAUGGAGGGAUACGUCUGUAAUCCCAAAAUGUAACACUACCAUAGACGAUUUUCAUGUAUUGAUCGCCUCAUUUCAGCACUCCAUCAGAUCAGCUCAACUCAGAUACAGAUGACAAGGUUUCAAAUCAGCUUACAUAGCUGAAGUACUGUGGUUUUCCAGGGUUUAUCACGAUUGAAAGUUCUUCCAUUUAUUUUACAUGAUGGCUUGUUUUCUGCAUGUUUCCAUUAUUUUUCCAUGGUUCCUGGCAAAGGAAACAUACAUAUAUAAAAGAUCUGUAUUUGAAAAGUGAUCUGAGUUCAAAGGUUUUGCAUUAUGCUUCACUGCUUGAAGUGUAUUCACAGCUGUAUUGUCUGUUACGGUAUCAUUUUUUUAUGUUUUAUUUCAGCCGUAGAUUCUCCGUAGAGAGGAUUAUAAAACUUUUUAUUUUCAUUUUGAACCCCUCAGUGGGGGUUGAAAUGGUUAGCUUUUAGAAAUCUGCCAUUGUCAAAUUCAUGUCCUGUUACUUUGUGUGUUAAUAUUUGUAGUCAGCUGAGAUUUAAAUUGUCCCUUUAAAUUAUUGCUGUUACAAUUAUUAUAAUUAUUGCUGAGGUUAAAGAACCAUUGAUUGGUCGAGGCACGUGGUCUAGUAGCCCCACUGCACUCUGGGAUUGAUCCUGUACAUGCUGUAUAUAGACUACAGCUCACCUGCCAGUCACAGACUGUGUCUCAAUGUGCUCGGCUACGUCCUUUAAACACUUCGACAACCUGAACCUGUUCAGGCUACAUCACAGCAUGGCCCUCUUUACACUCCUUUAUACUCUUUGGAUUAAAAUACCAGUGAAUCCUCAUGCUGCUGCUUUUAUGUACCGUGGAAAAGAUGGGAGGUUUCAUACUUACAAAUGUGUUUCACUGAUUACAAAUACUAAUUUCAUUGUUUGGCAAUGAGCUCAAAGUGAUCUGCUCAUUAAACUGAAGAUAUAUGACUCCAUAAAUGUUUGUUUAGUUUAAGAAGCCUGAUAAGCAGCAACCAAAAUGUCUAGAAAACCUAAGUUACACAAAGCCUUUCAGUAUUUAAAAAAUCAUAUCAACCACCCUGAGGACUGUCUGUCUGGAAGAGUUUCACUCAAAUUGUUUUAGAAAUAUUUUUCAGACUCCGCUUUCUUCUGCACUCAUAUCAACCACACAAUUGACCAUUCAUAAAUAAAAAAACGUGGAACUUCUGUGCCUGUGUCAAUGGAUGCUCUGAAUGUGCGGGCUGUGAUGGAUACAGGUUCAGCUGUUGUCCAGAUGUGGGACAAAGCUGACUUAUGUAACUACUGACUGUACAUACUGCAUGACACCAGUUCAGUAAUAACUGCAUGUGUUGAUCAUGUAACAGUUGUAUCACAACAUACACAUACACACACACUCCUACACACUCCUCAAACUAUGUUACUGUAAAACCUGUAGUAUGUAAAUGUGUAGUGUCUCUUUUGGACACACAGAGAGCGCAGAUGUGCGAUGAUGGAAUUUGACAAUAAAUGAUUCGUACCACUGA